GAUAGAGCACAUGCUGCUAUCGUCCGAUCCGCGUGUCGCGUAAUGAGCUAAACGUCGACAGGAGUGCGGUGACAGUUUUUGAAAGAGUGUCGUCGAUCGGCUACGUUAACCGCCAAUGUAUUGUUUGUGCAAGUUAGGUUACUCCAGUCGCGAUCCUUUGUGUCGGAACCAGCUAGCCCUGCCAGUCGGAUUGUAGGUUAGGUUACCUUUUAGUCGGAUUACAAGGUUUUGUUGAUGUUUGUGUUUUAGUGCGGGUUUAAAAUAGUAUGGACGAGCAGAAUCGCAUGAUGCAUCCAAGUGGUCAAGUAGGAAUGAUGCCUCAACCUCCUUACGGAAUGCAACCUGUGGAUCCGAAUCACGGGGCCCCGGCUACCCCGGACCAAGAGACCAGGAAGCAGGAUAUUGGCGAGAUAUUGCAACAAAUUAUGAACAUCACCGACCAAUCUUUGGACGAAGCUCAAGCCAGGAAACACACGCUCAACUGUCAUCGAAUGAAACCAUCACUGUUCAGCGUUCUGUGCGAAAUCAAGGAGAAAACAGUGUUGAGCCUACGCAACACACAGGAGGAAGAGCCGCCCGACCCGCAACUGAUGCGCCUGGACAACAUGCUGAUCGCUGAGGGGGUGGCGGGGCCCGAGAAGGGUGGCGGUGCGGGGGCGGCGGCCACUGCCAGUGCGGCGGCGGCGGGGGGACCUGGCCAACCUGACAACGCCAUCGAACACUCUGACUACCGAGCCAAGUUGGCGCAAAUCAGACAAAUCUACCACCAGGAACUCGAAAAGUAUGAACAGGCAUGCAACGAGUUCACAACGCACGUGAUGAACCUGUUGCGGGAGCAGAGCCGAACGCGGCCGAUCACGCCCAAGGAGAUAGAGCGCAUGGUGCAGAUCAUCCACAAGAAGUUCUCCUCCAUUCAGAUGCAGCUGAAGCAGAGCACCUGCGAGGCUGUCAUGAUCCUCCGCUCCAGGUUCCUCGAUGCCAGAAGAAAGAGGCGGAACUUCAGCAAGCAAGCGUCUGAGAUCCUGAACGAGUACUUCUACUCACACCUAAGCAACCCCUACCCGUCGGAGGAAGCCAAGGAGGAGUUGGCCAGGAAAUGCAGCAUCACCGUUUCACAAGUAUCGAAUUGGUUCGGCAACAAGCGGAUCAGGUACAAGAAGAACAUAGGCAAGGCGCAAGAAGAGGCGAACCUGUACGCGGCGAAGAAGGCAGCAGGGGCGUCUCCGUAUAGCAUGGGUCCAGCGUCGCAGGGCACCGCGACGCCGAUGAUGUCGCCGGCUCCCCCCGGGUCAGGAGGCCCCAAUGACAGCAUGGGUUACGCCAUCAACGCCAUGAACGGAGGUGGCGGUCCCGGUGACUACAGUUCGCCAAUGUCCGGAUCACAGGCUCCAUACUCUGACGGCAGUCUUGGAUACGAUGCAAUGCACCAGGGAGGCGGCGUGACCCCGAAGGCGUCCGGCUCGCCGCCGCUGAGAGGCGGCGAUGGGGGCGGCUGGAACGCACCGCCCCGCGAGCAGAUCCCCGACUUCCAGCCGCUGCACCCGGACGACAGCGGCGAUUCCAGCGACCUUGACAUCAAGAGGCCCAAGCUCUAGGGAUCCUUCUCCAUCUCCAUCUCCUUCUACUUCUCCCAUCUUCAUCAUUAUUAUUGUUACUAUUAGGUUAUUACAUUUCUGUUGUCGCUGCUGCUGCUACUGCUCCUCUCCCCGCCCGCCCCUUUGUUCGAUUUGUGGUCGUCUUCAUCGAUCUCGAUAAAGCGUUUGAUCAGAUGGUUGAGGUUAAUGGAAGCAGCUGGAUCGCUUCCUUGUCAGGUUAGUCUCCUCACAACUUGACUCAAGCAAUACAAAGACGUGUUAGAGCCAAUGAUACGCUGGGCACUAGAUUUCAAGUAGAGAAUAGAUGUGUGAAAGACAAGAGUUUUACAGGGCUGCAUUUCUUAUGAAGUGCUGUUCUUCAUACAAGUGAUAUGAGAUUAAUGGGGCUGAUGAGGACUAGCUUGAAAUCAAGUUCAAUAAGUAUCAACUAGACAAGUCAACAUAUUUGCAGAAGUAUUGUUUGUUAUUGUAAUAUUGUUCUUAAACUAGUAAAUAAUGUAACUGGUAACUGGCAAGGUACAGUUUGUUGCAAUACGUUUUUCCAAUAUACUACCUACAAAAUUUCAUUUGUAAACCAAGAAUCUACAGUUUCAGAACCAUUCAGAUACGUUUUUCUUGUGAAGUGAUUUUCAGAAUGAAUAAUUUUCUACAAUAUAUCUAAGAAAUUAAUUACAAAAUGUGUCAAAGUCGUUAACUGAAAAUCACUUGACUAAAAUCAGAAUAUAUCAGAAAACCACAGAACACUAUGAACCGUACUAAUCAAACUAUGUUUUUUCAAAUUUUGUUUUGAGAAUCGUGUUAUGGGUGGCUGAAACAUUGACAAGUUCAAAAAAAUUAAAUCAAGUUUGACAACAUUUUGAAUCAUGAGUCUUGCCAGUAGCUGAUUAAUGAAAUUUAAUUCGGGUUUACAAUAGAAAUCUAUCAUUUUAACAGUUCAUGAAGAAAUUUCAUCUUUGAUAUUACGUCCCAUUGAUAUUAAAUGUCAAUUUUUUAGCAGGCUGAAAUUUAAGAACUGCAAUUUUAGUAUAUUCUUGAUGUUUUGUGUAAUAAAUGUGCGUUGUUAGCGUGCAAGUGCAAUUUGUUCAAGUUGAAUCAAAAUUAUUCAAUUCAGCUCAUGAUUCAAAAUGAGUUUCUUGACAAUCAAGAAUAGGGUGAUUGAAAUUUAUUUUACUGUUCGACGGUCUAUAGUAUAUUGGAACAAUUUUAGUGUAACUUUGACGAAGCAGCUUUUCUCAGUUUAUUGUUAAACUUUGAAAAUUCACUGUGAUUUUAUAUUUUAGUGGGUGAAGAUGGGUGGGGUACACUAAUUUGCUGCUUUUGGGGAGAUUGAUGAAUUUUUCGUUAUUAGAUGCAAUUUGAGUAGUUUGGCAGCCAUUUUAGAACUCAGCAAGUUUAAUUAGGAUAAAAACAAUUUUAAAUUCAUUCAUGUUAGAUAGGUACCCAAUUUUAGUUGGAUUUUGUUACGAUUAUGUUGGAGGGUGUAUACUUGAGCCACCAACUUUGCAUUGACAUUUUUGUAUGUUCAUGUUUUCCAAUUGCAAUCGCGUAAGAUUAGAGAUAAAAGUGACUUCUUUUUUGUAAUGCUGUAUAAUAUACUAUCAUACAGUUGUUGAAGCUUGACUUGACUAUAUCUUGAACUAUGCUGAAAAUGUGUUUGUGAAUGCAUAAUAAUUGAGGGUUAUCUUUCUAACAGACUUAUUUUUAAUGGUAUGAUUAAUGUGUACCAUAUUUUAUAUAUAGAUUUAUGAACCUCUUAUAUUGAGAGACACUCUUUAGAUAUUCUUUAUAGACAGGUGGUAAUUCUCCACUUGCUUUGUAUACGGAUAAAUAUUUAUAAUUCAUUAGCUCUUAUCAUUCAUUAUUAUAAUUAUUAGUAUUAGUAUUGACUAGUGUAAUAAUAUUAGUUGUUGAUGAUUGAUUUUAUCGCUUAUUGACUGGUAUGAUAUUAUGCAGCUUCGAUUGAACCAACUCUAUAAAUUUAAAGGAAAUCUAUUAAUAGAGUCGAAUAUGAAUAAUAUUUUAUUGAAAGUGAACAAAAUGUUAAUGUGAUCGGUUCUUUUUUUUAUGAUGAUGAUAUUCUAACAAAUCUGUUAGUUAUGAAAUUUGAAGCACUGUAUGUUAUGCGUGUGUAUGAUUUAUUUCACAUGCCGGCUCAAAUAAGAUAUUUCUGUAUUGAACAAUUGUGUGAAGGGAUAUACGUGUGAGGAAACAAUCACAGAAUAAUGUAUUUUGAUCGUUAAGUAUUUUGACGUACUUGAAAACAAAUUUAUUUCGUGCUAUCAAAAAUCUGUUUAUUUACUUUUUACAUUUUUUUUAAAUUAUGUAAUUGCAUAUAGUAAAUCAUUCACAAUUAAAUGUUUCUAGAGCCUAGCAGCAGUUAAUUGAAACUUCUGAAUUUAAAAUUGUCACAUCUUUAAAGUAGAUUACUUUUUUCUUUUAAAAAAUCUAUCUUCUGUUUAUAGUGAUAUCGGGUAGCUCAAAUAUUCUCCAAAUUUUCACUUGAGAAUUAUUAUUAUGUGCUUCAUGAAUCUGAUGAUAGAAUAUUUAUGAGAAAUCAAUCAAAUGAUCAAUCGUUUCAAAGUUAAAUUAGUCAACUUGAGAACCAAUAAGAAAUUUGAAUGAUUAUUGAAAACAUUAUUGCACUUGAUUGACUUUAUGAGAUUGCCUUUUUUCAACUCCUGAAAAAUGUUUUUCUCUGAAAAUUUAUAUUUCCAAUCUUUUUUGUAGGCUGCAAUAAGUAUUGAAAAUAGGAUUUCUUUUAAUUACCGUACUCUUCAAAAAGGUGUUCUAUUGGAAUACUGAAGGAUUGUAACAAGGUUGUGAAUGAUCUAUUUUUGCAUUAGCAUUUACAAUAAUUCAUAAUUUGAAUAUCUGUGUUUUUUUCAAUCAAGUAACAAUAUUAAUUUAUCAAUUUUUGAAAAAAUAUUUUUGUCCAGCACACAGACGUUAUUUCAUUCAACAUUUUAUUAUAAAUUUAAUUUAAUAAUUUUGGUUUUUACUUGAAAGUUGUUGAGCUUAAAAACGUUGCAAUCACCAAGUAUACGUACUGCAUACACAUCAUAAUAUUUAAUUAAAUAAUAAUUAUUAUUGAUAAUUAUAUAAAUAUAUCGAAUUGAAAUAAUGUUCUAGUUAUUGAUAAGAAUUGUAGGUUUAUCGAUUUAUUACUACGAUUUAUUUAAAAAGUAUAUUACUUGUCGGUAUCAUGACUUUCUAAGUCUAUUUUUUGUAAUGAUAUGCUGUUGAAAUUGUUGAUUUAUUUUGCAAUAUUCAGCGGGCCUGACUCUAAAUUGAACAAUUAUAUCGAUUCAUCGAUCAUAGAUAUUCACAAUCUCAUUUUACUAGUAAUUUAGUUACAAUUUACAAUAUCAGUGCAAGAUUCAGCCUAUUACUGAAUAGAAAAAUCACUUUGUGGUUAUUACGAAUCAAUUUGAUGUAAGAGAAUCUAUCAAUAAUAAUUUUGAUGGAUUCAAGUAUAUUUUUAGCAUAUAAAUGGUUUUUAUCCUGCAUAUAAUUCGUAAAAACAAUUUUUUCUAUAAAACUCUCCUUCAACCAUUUGUGUUUCAACUGUUCAAUUUAUUUUUUCGUUACUUCUCAACUUGUAUAUUCUAAACUCAAAUAUUAAAUAAUCUUGUAUAUUCUAAUCUCAAAUCUCAAUUCUGGUUCAAAUCUUAAUUUGAUUUAUAUUUCAAUGUUGUGAAAAUCCAUAUAAAAUAACACGCUAUGAAUUUUUUUCAAUUCUUCUCAAAUCAUAUCUCACAUGACAUCAAUGUUUUGGAAAAUCCAGAUUUCGUGUUUUUCAAGAAAAUCUAGAUUUCGUGUUUUUCAACUGGUUCCUGAAAGGUAAUCUCUUGCUUAAAUAGCACAAUAUACUGUUAUAGUUUCAGUUCAUUGAAAAGUACUUGAAACUAGUCCUUCAUAUUCAAUUAUGUUUCUAUCAUCCUCAAUGUCCUAUUUUAUUUCAAUUCACAAUUUAAAACUACUGUGAUUAACUGAAUGUGUUCUGAUAAACAGUAUCAAAUAUCUAUGAAAUACAUCACAUUUCAACAGCAUAUGAAUAGUAAUUCGUUCAUUCGUUGUAUGGUUCAUAAGUGAAUUUGAAGCUAUUUAGAGAAUAUUACUAUUAUUGUACGUUGUUUUCAAUAUAUUGCGAUCCUUGUAUCGUUUUAUUUUUGAAAUGUUUUAACUGAGUACUGUAUUUAAUAAUUGAUUAUUAUUGUCGAGAUGCACUAAUUAAUAAUUAACUAUUGCCUUUGAAAAGUGUGUGGAAGAGUUGAUUUUAUACCAAGUGCAACACAAAAACGGAAGGAAAUUGAUUUCCCAACAAAGCACUGGCACUAGGCACUAGGCUACCCAUGUGAUUGAAAACAGAAUAUACCAGGAUUUUUCCACGAUCCAAACAAACUUCAUCGUAUACGAUUUUUUAAAUAUAAUAUUAUUAAUAAAAUAAACAAUAUUAUAUAAUAAUAUGAUUGAUUAUUAUUAUUCAAAUGAAUUUAUAACAAAUAAUGAUGAUAAUAUUAAAGUAGGUUAUUUAUAUUAUGAAUGAUAAAAUACUGAUGAGUAACUAACAUUAUUUGUGUGUGAUUCAUUCAAAUUUUAUUUCCUUUAAAUUUUGGGAAAUUGUUAAAAUAGUAGCUGUAAGCUAUGGAGCCUCAUUUUAUAUUGUCUUCAAUAUUAAAUCCCAUUAUUCAAAUCAGGAAUAUUUUUCAUCAACUUUCCAUUGAACUAUAAUAAAUUCCGGUUUACUGGCUGGUCCAGAAGUAGUGUUAAUCUUAUCAAUAAUAUUAGAAUGUUCAGUAAGUUUGUAACAGUACUGUUUUACUAUGAAAUCUACUAUUAUAGAUAUUUCAAGAUUAACUUGAGUAAUUGAUGUAAAAUUUGAACUAAUCUUUGACUCUCAAACAAGCAGCUAUUGUUUUUUCAAACUUCCCAAUUUUUUGGCAUUUUUGUCCUCUUGUGGAUUUUACCAGUAGUGGAAUGAAUGAUUUUUGUUUGAACGAGUGAAUAUUAUAUUGAAUAAAAAUCUUUUGUUGUCUAUUUUUAGGUUUCCCAAUAGGCACAGAGUCGCCAUUGAAUCUGUAAUAUGAAUUCGAAUGAGUCUUUUUCAAUUGAAACUAAUUAAUUAUUACAAAAAAGUGUGAAAUUUGAGCUGUGCAGAGCACAUACGAAACAAACACACUCAGUAUACGGAGUAAUGACUGUAAUAUAUACAUUUUUAUUAUAAUAAUUAUUGCGAGAUAUGUCCAAAUAAUAUUUUUAUUAUGGUAAUGUUGUGCUGCAUGGUGUUAUAUAACUGUUGUAAAUAUAGAUAUAAUUGACACGAGUUGAAACAACUAGAAGGCUACAAAAACAAAAUAUCGGUAAAACUAGAUGGCUCUAUUUUACCUCAAACAUUUUUCAAUACUUUGAUACGACAAGAGUAUAAUUAUAUUUUAAAUCAAUAAUAAUUGUAGUGUUAAUUUCCUGUCUUGAUUAACAAUAAUUUGUUUCAUUUUUUAAUUCGAAGUAAUUGUUUCCAAGUUGAAAUAAGCUUUUAUCAGCAGAUAGUUAAUACUGUGUAACUACUUUGUUUUCAAAUUGUUUUCUAUUAUUUGAACUUGGCAAUCUCUGUAUGAUGUAUAUUGUAUAACAUUUAAGACAAUUUUGAAAAUUAUAAUGAUUGAUGUUGAA